AUGGAGUACGGCCGGGACUACGAUAGGCAGCGAGGCGAAGGUUUACGAUACGCGGAGCGAGGAGGGUACUCGGAGCAAGGAGGGUUACCAUACUCAGAGCACGAGUAUCGACAACGUUUCGCUAACGCCUCGACUUCGCAAGCGCUCGUUUUAGCGGAAGGGACUUCGUUUCUACCGCGUUUUUCUAACGAUGGGGACUCAGGCGAGCGCUCCCGUCCCGUUGAAAGCCCGAAUACGAGGUUCGCCCGUCAUGUCGUUGAGACGCUAUCGCGUUCGAUCGAGGACGACGGGGGGGAAGGGGAUGCCGGUUGUCCAGUGGCGGAAGGGCAGCGAUGGGUGAAUGACGGGGGGCCCGCAGGGGACGAAUACGGGGAGGAGCAAAGGGGGGAAGAGGAAGGGGCGUCGCGCGGUAACUGGGAUCGAGCUGCUCUGGAAGGGGAAGGCAGGGGGGGAAGCUCCCAGCGGCCGUGGGGCUCACAGGAGGUCCGCUUUCCGCCGCAAGGGCGUGACACGUCGCAAUUUCAGGGGCGAGGCGAGCGCACCGACGUGGGUGGAAGCGGCAACGAGGACGCGAGGCGGGGAAACCAUCGCGUGAUUGCGGAGGACGGCCCGCGUGAGCGGGUGGAUCUGCGCUCGGGUUCGAACUUACCGGUCAAGUCUGACCGGCAGCCCUUGCGCGGCCUUUCCGUUACAGUUGACGGCCUUUGCGAGGGGGCCGUCGGGGGAGGCUACGCGGAAUCUGGCGGCGGCGCAAUGGAUGCGGACACUGGAGGGGGGAACUUGCCCGCGGUGAAGGCGAGCGCGGGGCGGAGCAGGCGGUUUUUGACGGCGGUUGACGGUGCAGUUCCAGUUUUCGCCGACGGGCAGCCGCAGGGAAACGGGGCGUGGGUCAAUGGGCUCGAAAAAAUACGCUCGGCGCCUGCACUUCCCGACGGGGUGUAUGACGGUAGCGGGAACGCUUUUAACGGGGAUGAGGGCAGCCCGUUGGGUUCAGCACACGGAGCUACUCCCGGAGGGAUGGACGGCAAUGGACCCGCCGCGUUUGGCGCCGCUAUGGCUGCUGAAAGAAGACCCGCGCCGUCCUACGGAUGCCCCAGAGGCGUGCUGGGUGCUCGUUCGUCCGUCUUCGCUUCUCUCCCUUCCUCCUCCUCCGGUUUUGGAGCCCUUUCCUCUAAUAUGCCGUCGCCGUUUCCCCCCGGCUUGCCCUCCGCGUUGUCGCGUCCCCCUGGGAAGGGGAAACGCGCGGGGUUGGAGGGCGCGGACGCGCGGGGGAUUUCUCCGCGGAGUGGCGCAUUCACCGGACGCUCGAGCGGGAACGAGUGGGAAGAGGCGGCUUUGCGCGGGGGGGAGGAGGAGAGAGCGGAAGCAGGGUUGCAGCGCGGGCGCGGGAGGGAGAAUUCGGCGGACGGUGAACGCGCGCUGUUCGCCCGGCCGAGAGACCGUGAGCCGGCGAUUGGGCGGGGGAAUAUCGGCCGAGAGGCGGCAGCGGCUGCAGGAGGCGGAGGAAGCAGCAGAGGAAGGUUCGUUUUCGGAAGGGCAGGAACGGCAGCAACUGAGAUGAGCAAGGUUCAGAUCGGUACUGCUUGGGGAGCAGCGGGGUGUGAUUAUGAAGCGGAGGUCGACGCAGAGGCAGAGGCAGGGGUGGGUGGCGAGCGGAUGGGAUGGGAGGAAGGGGGGCACAGCGGAGCGUGGGGUUCUGAGCGUGAGUAUGAGCAUCAGCGGGUGCGGCAGCAGGCACAGCAAAAGCAGCAGCGGCGGCAGGAGCAGCAGCAGCAGGAACGGCGGGAGCAGCGCGAGCAGCAGCAGGAGAGGACGAUGGAGCAGUUGGGAGUUGCGUUGGGCGAAGAGGAUCGCUGGGGUAAACGACAGGCUUGGAGUGGUAACCCCGUUACUGCAGGCCCGUCAACUUCAGGCGUGGAGGCGUAUGUCGAGGAGAUGGGGGCGAGGGACGACAGGUGGGGAAAACGACCGUCGCGCGAGUCUCUAGAUACAGAGGAGCUGAGCGCUGGAGAAAGGGGAAGAGUGAGGGACAUGAGAGCACGGAGAGCAGCAGCAGCUGCGGCGGUGGCUGCGGCGGCGGCAGGGGCGGCGGGUAUGGAUCAUCUGGCUCGCAUGGGGGGUGCGGCGGCCUGUUUGGAGGAGGAUGUGCCAGGGGUGGGUCGUCUGGGUAGUCUUGGCAUGGACGUUAUGGGUGCAGAGGUGAUGGGUGGUGCAGGUGGGGCUUUGGGCAUGGGUAGAAGCCCGAGGGAGUAUGGCGUGCAGGGGGGGAGAAAGAGGAGCAUGUCGCCUGGAGGCAGGAGUGAAAGGAGCGGGUGGAGCGGGCGCAGUGGGAAGAGUGGGAAGAGUGGGAGGAGUGGGAGGAGCGGGAAGAGUGGGAGGAGUGGGAGGGAGCAUUGGGCACAGCCAAAGCAUGCUUCUGUGAAGCGAAGAAAAAAUGGCGAGAGCAGAAACAGUGGCGACCCUCAGCAACAGCCGCAGCAGUCGCCACUCUGCACGCCUGAAACGAUGCAAGCCUUUAUGGCUUUCCAGGCUUUCAUGAGCCAACAGCAGCAGCAGCAGCAGGAAGGAGGGCAGCAGGGUUCGUUCGCGCUUCCUCCCGUCUCUCCUGAGUCGAUACACGCGUUUCUGGCAUUUCAAAGCUUCAUGGGCCAGCAGCAGCAGCAGUCACAAUCGCAACAGCAGGACGGGAGGGACGAACAGGAACAAGACGAGCAGGAGGAGCGGGACGAGCGGGAUGCGCCACAGCGGCAGCAGAGGCAACAGCAGGGGCAGCAGCAGAGGGAGCAGCAGAGGGGGCAGCAGAGGGAGGCGUUCGGCCGUCCACCUCUACCCGUCCAGCAGCGACGCCCCUCCAAGUCUCCUGAACUCGUCACUCAACGCACUACCUCUGCUUCACGUUCUUCCGCCCCUCGCUCCCCCCACUCCUCCGCCCCCCGCUCUCCCCAUUCCUCUGCCCCGUGCUCACCCCUCCCCCACACGUCCCCCGCACUCCGGACCACCUCCCCCAUCCCCCGCAUGCCGUCCCCCUCUAUCUCCCCCGCCCCGUCCGGCGCCCCUAGCAGCGCUUCCCCCUCCCCCCGCCCUCUGGCGCUAUUUGAGCGCAUCACCCGCCGCCGCCAGUCUAGCCCCAAUAGCGCGCGCCCCCCGUCCGCCAAUAGCAGGCCUCCUAAGUUCCCCCCGCGCGCCACCCCUCCCGCUGCUUAUAGCGGAGAGGGCGAUGGUAGGGAUAACGCGUAUGCCCAGGCAGGAGGGAGGGGAGGGGUUAGCCGAGUGAGGAGUGAGGGGGGAGGUAUGGGGGGGGUGAGGGAAAGUGGUUCUGAUGGAUUCGAGUAUAGGGAGGGGAGUAGAGGGAGCGUGAGGGAGAAGGGGUGGGGCGUGGGCGGGAAGGGAAAGCGGCAGGGGAUGAGGAUGGACGAAGCAGAGGGUAGUGACAGGGGGAGGGUGAGUGAGAGGGCGAGUGAGAGGGCGAGUGAGAGGGAGAGGGAGAGUGAGGAGGAGGAGGUGCUGUUGAGAAUGCAGAGGUUGGAACAGGAGAUCAGGAGCGGCCACCAGCACGAACAGCAGCGCCAGCAGCAGCAGGAGCAACAGCUGCAAUCACAGCAGGAGCAGCGACAGCAGCAGCAGCAGCAGCGUUCCCCCACCCCUCCAUCAAGCCCCUUCUCCACCACGCCAAACCCCUUAUCCACCAUGCCAAACCCCUUAUCCACCAUGCCAAACCCCUUCUCAGCACCCAACAACACCUUCCCCUCCUUCACACCGACCUUCCCUCAAGGCCUGUCCGAUGCUCCGGCCGUUUCUGCCGUCUCUGCUGCCAUUGCUGCCACUCCAAAUGCCCCUGGACCUGGCGCGCAGUUGCCAGGUCUUCUCACCAACAUGAAUCCCACUAGCAUGAACUCGACUGGCGUGAACCCCACCUCUCCCUCCCCUCCUCCUCACUUCUUCAGCACCUCUCCCUUCCAGUCCUUGGCUUCCCCUGCCUUUCCCAACCAAGCCCUCCCGAACCCCCUUCUUUCGAACCAGUUCCUGCCGAACCAGCUCCUCCCAAACCAGAUCCUCCAAAACCAGCUACUCCCGAACCAAUUCCCAACAGGCUCCCAAAACCCAAUCGUAUCCAUGCCUCUCGCCCCGCCCACGCUCUCAAUCCCUCUCUUCCACCCUCUCUCCGGCCCAUCGAUGCACCUCAGGGCAUUAGUAGGUCUUCAGGCGGAGUCCCAGCAGAGCAACUCCGUGUCUCUGCCUGUUGGUGGGGCUUCUUUAGGGAUUUCCCCGGCUGGAGGGGGGUUUUUCUGUGGUGCCCCUGGCACAGCGGCUGCUGGAGGGUGUUUAGCUGAUGCUGCAGCAGGGAUGGCGUCUGGAGCGCUGGGGCUUGCGGGAACAGGUCCUGGGGUUGCUGCAACUGCAGCGGGGAUGCUGGGGUGUGGUGCUAUGGGUGCUGCAGGGUCCGGUGCGGUGCUGAUGAGUGCACAGGUGUCCCCGCAAAUGGCUCUGCUGCAGAAGUACCAGCAGUACCAGCAGCAGCUGCUGCUGCAGCAACAGGGGAGGCAAGGGCAAGGGCAGGGGCUAGGGCAGGCGCAGGGUGCUAGAGGCAGUGGGCAGGAGGGGAAUGGGGGGGCUGGCAAGAGUGGUCAGAGGGAGGAGUGCCGUUUGGAGCGGAGUGAGAGGGGAGAGGAGAGGCGUGGAGUGAGUGAGGGUGAGAGGAGGGGAGGGGUUGAUUUGGGUGGCGGUGAUGGUGAUGAUAGGGGUAGCGAGGAGAAUGGAGAGCAGGAAAGGGAGGAGGAGGAGGAGGAGGAGGAUGGGUGGACGAGGGAUUUGUCACGGAGCAGAGGCAGGAGUUGGGAGAGUGAGAGUGAGAGCGAGAGUGAGGGAGGGAGUUCAGUGAAUAGGCUAUCGAGUAGACUAGAGGGGAGGAGGAAGAAGAGGAGGAGAAGGAGAAGGGAGGAGGAGGAAGAUGAAGAGGAUGAGGAUGAUGAAAACGAGGGGGAUAGCAGGGAGGUAUCAGAGAGAGAGGAAGAGAGGCUAAGGAAAAAGGAGGCUGAGGCUCGGGGGAUGGGUGCGCCUAUGUGUAAUCUGAUGGGGUUGGGGCAGCUGAACGGGCAGCUGAACGGGCAGAUGAACGGGCAGUUGACCGGGCAGCUGAACGGUCUGCGAGGCGGGAUGAGUCCUCCUCCCAUGAGCUUCCAGGGCUCCUUGGGCUCGUUAUUGAGCCAGGCCAAUCCUCUCAACCCCACCGCUCUCAACCCCUCAGCACUGAGCCUCUCUGCUCUGAACCCCUCUGCACUGCACGCCUUAUCUGCCAACCCCGCUGCACUGGCCCUCUCAGGAUUCAACGCCUCUUCAUUGAACGCUUCGUCCUUCAAUGCUUCGUCCUUCAAUGCUUCGUCCUUCAAUGCUUCGUCCUUCAAUGCUUCGUCCUUCAAUGCCUCUUCCUUCAACGCCUCCUCAUUCAACAACUCUUCCUUUUCCGGUUCGCCUCUGCGCCCCUCCUCCCCUUUCCAUCCAUCCUCCCCCUUCCACCCAUCCUCCCCAUUCAACCCCCCUGGGAGCUCCCUGCUAGGCAAUCCCCCCAGUAGUUCCCUCAACGGCAAUCCUCCCACCAGCUCUAUGCUCGGUAACCCCCCCACCAGCUCUAUCAACGGUAACCCUCCCACCAGCUCUCAGCAUUUCAGUGCCUCUCACGAGGGGAACACGGGCAGUGGGCUUGACGCUUUUCGGGCAGCUUUUGAGGCGUCUCAGAGGAAUGCGGGCAGCGGGCCGGAACCUUUCCCCCCUCUACAGUCUCCCCAGGCUUUCCAGGCGUUUCAGUCUUUUCAGUCUCAAAGAAAUGCUUCAGACGGCAAUACGGGAAGUGGCAUUCAGGGUGGUGUUCAGGGUCCGAAUGGUUUUCAGUCGAUGCAGGCGUGUCAGUCAUCCCAAAACAAUGCUUCGGACGGCAAUACAGGGACUGCAGCAGAUGCUUUCAAGUCCUUCCAAGCUUUUCAAGCUUUCCAGGCAUCUCAGGGUUUCCAGUCGGCGCAAGGAAAGGGUUCAGAGGGGAAUGCGGGGAGGGUCGUUCCUCCUGCCACUACAGAUGCCUCGCCGUUUGGAUUGGGAGAGGGGUUGAGAGGGGUGAGGAUGGGUGGGGAACGGGGUGGUGCGGGUGGUGCUGGCAAUGGGGGAGAGGUUGAUGGGGAAGGGGCUGAGGGGGGAGGGGAUGAUGAGGGAAGGGGUGAUGAGGGAGGGGGUGAUGGGGGCGAGGAGACAGGGCAAUACAGUUUGCGAAGCCCUGCGGAUUACUUAAGUGGGCGGCAGCAGCAGCAGCAGCAGCAACUACUUCAGCUUCAGCAGCAGCAGCAGCAGAAGCAGCAGCAGCAGCAGAAGCAGCAGCAGCAGAAGCAGCAGCAGCAGCAGCAGCAGCAGCAGCAGCAGCAGCAGCAGCAGCAGCAGCAGCAGCAGCAGCAGCAGCAGCAGCAGCAGCAGCAGCAGCAGCAGCAGCAGCAGCAGAAGCAGCAGCAGCAGCAGCAGCAGCAGAAGCAGCCUCCUUCCCUUCCAUCCCACCCGCAGCAAAAAGCUCCUUCACCUACGUGCCCGCCCCUCUCCUCCCCAUCUCCCACUCCAAACUCGCCCCUUCCCUCCCCUCACCGCUCUCCCCUUCCCUCCCCUCACCGCUCUCCCCUUCCCUCCCCUCACCGCUCUCCCCUUCCCUCCCCUCACCGCUCUCCCCUUCCCUCUCCUCACCCCUCUCCCCUUCCUCAGUUUAAGGCAAAUCAACAAUUCCCUCGUCCCUCCUCUCCACUUCCCACUCCUCCUCCCCACACGCGGUCUCGUUUUGACAUGUCUCCUCCUCCUCCCCACAAUCGUUCCCGCACUCCCCCACUCUCAUGCCCACCCACCCCUCCUGCUCCUUCCAUUCCCAACGCUCUAUGCACUCCUUCUGCCCCCCGCCGUUCGCCUUCCUCCACCAAUCAUGCCUCUCCCUACCUCCCUCCCCCCAGCCUAUCUCCCACAAACCUCCCUCCGAACCUCUCUCAUCCGAACGUCCCUUACCCCUCCCCUACUUGUAGCCCUCUCAACACCCCAACACGCCCGCCCUUCCCAACUCAACCUACCAACAAUAGGAACACUGAUAACACUGUUAAUACUGACCUUCCCGUUUCUUCCACCCGAUCCGCCCACUCGGUUGGGAACGAGGAUGGUAGCUUCGGGUGGCACACCGCGCCAGGCUCGGGCACACCAAACCAAGUCCCGAACCAGAAUACAAGGAGCCCCACAGCAGCCGCUGCUCCCACCAGUCCCAUCAUACCUUCUGCUGCCGCCGAUCCAGCCACGCCCACACCCACUGCUACCGCACCUAACACCUCCAGUUCCAGACCCUCUACUCCCACCAUCCCUACUGCCCCCGCCGCCAGUCCCAGGCCCCCCACUCCCACCGCCCCCACUGCCUCCUCCGCUGCUCCCACUGCCCCCGUUCUCACCGCUCCCAUUCCCACCGCCCCCACUCCCACCAUCCCUAGCAGCAGCAGCAGCAGACAGAAGCUACUCCAAGACUACUUGCCUAGGCGGUGGCAGUUGGUGUCACGACUUGGAGGGCGGCUCAGGCUGGUGGUUGAUCGGGGCACAGGGCAGCAGCUGGUGGUGCAGCGAGUGCAUGUGGGGGGGAGGGGGGGGGGAGCGGGGGAGGGAGGGGCGCAGGGAGAGAGGGGAGUGGCGGGGCAGUCAGGGCAGUCGGAGAGGGAGCGGCGGAUGCACCAGCGGGUUGCCUUGCUGCUGAAGCUCAAGCAUGAGAACAUCGUGCCAUGCGUCGGGGCCAUUCGCACCACCGCCCCGUCCCCCGCCACUGCCUGCACCAACGCAAAGUGCGGCCCCAUGCCCGAAGAGACUCUGGCCUUCUGCCUUCGCCAGGUAGUCGAGGUGCUGGUGGCGUUUCACUCCCUCGGCAUCCCGCACGGCCGCGUGCGCACCAGCAGCGUGUUCGUUCCCGACGAUGGCGUUGUGAAGCUCGCUGGGACCUCGUUCCUGGAUGGAGAAGGAAAGGGAGGGGAGGGAGGGGAGGAGAGAGAGGGAGGAAGGGAGGAGGGAGAGGAGGGAGGGGAGGGGAGGGGAAGAAGCAAGGUGCCGUGGUGUUCCCCUGAAGAGAUCAGAAAGGAGACAGUGGGAGCGGCAGCAGACGUGUGGGCAGUGGGCUGUCUGGCAGUGCACAUGGCAACGGGAGCGCUACCAUGGGCACAAGUGGGGGACGAGGACCAAGUGCGGCUCUUCAUUGCGCACAGCAGGGCUCUGCCCGACCUGCCGCCCGAUUCCUCACCACAGCUCAUUGAUUUUGUCGCGACCUGUUUGGACCGGGAUCCAUCCCGCCGCCCGACAGCCGCCCGGCUUGUCGACCAUCCUUUUCUAGCAGCAUGCUAG